AUGCAUUCGGUCCCUGCCCACGGCGCGCAGGGUCGAGGAGCUUUUUGGGUCGCUGCUAGGGAUGCUCGGAAAGAGAGCAGGCAUACCGGGGGUGUCGAGGGGAUUAGCUCUAGGGGUGCAGGGGCCCCCAGGCCACGGAAUUUAGUGGCUGUAUCGCGACGCCACUUUAGCUCCGGACUGCCGGACCACGACGUCGUCGGCCUGCCCGCCCUCUCUCCGACAAUGGAGACGGGAACGAUUACGGAGUGGCUUGUUAAGGAGGGCGAUGCUUUUGCUGCGGGGGACAUCAUCUGCAUGGUGGAGACCGAUAAAGCAACCGUUGACUUCGAGGCGCAAGACGAGGCCGUCCUGGCCAAGAUCCUGGUUCCCGCCGGAACCCCCGAUGUCGCCGUGGGCACCCCGAUGAUGGUCCUCACGGAGAGCACCGACGAUGUGGCGGCCUUCAAAGACUUCUCGGCGGGGGCCCCGGAGACUGAAACGGCGGCGCCAGUGGCGGCGCCAGCGGCGGAGGUGGUCGUCGCGGAAGAGCCGGCGCCUGCGGCGCCUGCGGCGCCGGAGGCAGCGGCGCCAGCCCCCGGGGGUAGGGUGGCAGCGAGCCCGUUGGCGAAGCACGUGAGUUUCAGGGGGAGGGGGGGGGGGGGGGGGGGGGGCGACUCCA